ACCAUGACUAAAGAGGAGAACCUGGAGGUGCAGGAGAAGGAGAGGCACGACCACGAGGAGCAGGAGGAGGGCCGGGUCCAGAAGGGGGAGGAGGAGGCGCUGACGGAGGAGGAGGAGGAGGAAGAGGAGGAAUACGAGCAAGACGAAGAGAAGGAAGGGGAGGAGAGAGCCGAGGUGGAGGAGGUGGACGAGCAGGAGGUGGAGAGAGAGGAAGAAGAUGGUCCACCGUCCGCCGAGCCGGAGCCGGAGCCGCUGUCGGUGUCCGAGUACCAGAGUCCGGUGCACGAGCCCCGCCGCCGACCCAUGGUGCACCCCUCCGCCCAGGCACCGCUGCCCAAAGACUACAGUAAGCAGCACCACCUUAAAGUGUUUGAAAUUCUUCAUAAUAACUCCAUGAGAUGUAGCAACCUGGUUUCCGAGGGGGUCCUUAAAGGCAAGAAAAUACAUCUGUCUUCUAUGAAACAGCUGUUGGGGCUGAGGCCUGAAGUCAGUCAGUUGACAACCCCGGGCCAGGCCAGCUCCAUUAUACACCCUGACCGUGGCCUCCAUAAUCCUGGAGUGAAUACAGAGCUCCUCCUCAGCCGGACUCCCGCUGUCGAAUGUCUAAAUGUGGACAGAGACCCGGACCAGUUCCGGGACGUCGAAGUACGCGGCGUAGUGCAGAGCGUUCAUGUUGGUCCAGCGGCUCCUCAGACUCACGUCGGCGCCCAGCGCGAUCAGCUGGCUGCUGAGACGCAGCGCGGCCGCCGGCUCCGGAGAGACCAGAGCGGAGACGACAGCCCGGCUGCAAAGCUCCAACAGCCCGGCACUCUGAGGUUUUGUGGAACCACGGAGUUCGCCAGCGGCCAGUGGGUCGGCGUGGAGCUGGACGAGCCCGAGGGGAAGAACGACGGUAGCGUGGGCGGCGUCCGCUACUUCAUCUGCCCUCCGAAGCUAGGGAUCUUCGCCCCGGUGUCGAAGAUCUCCAAAGCUGUGGAUCAGGCGCCUUCAUCCGUCACCUCGACCCCCCGAACCCCCCGCAUGGACCUGGCGUCCCGCCUCGCCGGAAAGACCAAGAAGGAGAAAGAGAAGAAAGAGAAGCAGAGAGAGAAAGCUCAAAAGAAGAAGUUAUCGGUCGCCAGUCUGGACCCGGAGGGGAUGAACGUGGAAGUUGGAGACCAGGUUCUGGUGGCCGGGCAGAAACACGGCAUCGUCCGCUUCUACGGGAAGACCGACUUUGCUCCAGGGUACUGGUUUGGUAUCGAGUUGGAUCAGGCGACGGGGAAACACGACGGCUCGGUGUUCGGAGUCCGCUACUUCAGCUGCCUGCCCAAAUAUGGAGUGUUUGCUCCGCCGUCCCGGGUUCAGAGAAUCGGAGGCCCUAAAGAAGGCACACAGAACAACAGCUCCAUGGUGAAGAAAGUCCACCAAGUCACCAUGUCACAGCCGAAGCGUAACUUCAACGCCAAGCGUUCGCCUAAGGACCUGACGUCAGAGAGCUCCAUGUCCAGGUUGCUGUUCUGCUGUUGGUUCCCGUGGAUGCUGCGUGCUGAGAUGCAGUCCUAACCACGCCCUCCUCCCUCCUCCUCUCCUCCACCACGAGAUCCAGCUCUCCGCUCUACUUUCUCUCCAUCUCCCGCUCCGUUUGCUUUGGUCUCUUCAGACGUCCACUGUUCACCGUCGUCGGUCAGACUUCUCGUAGUGAAACCCCGUCCCUCUACUCCCUCGUUCUCUCAGCCCAAAUCCCUCCUAUUUAGCCCUUCUAUAGCAACAUAUAUAUUGUGCCUUGUAUCUGAUCAAAAUGUCCUGCAUUCCUUUAAUGAAACUGAGGAUCCAGAUCUGCUAAAAAAAAUGUCCUCUUUACCCCUCUACACAUCAUAUCAUGUUGUUUUCUCAUCACAUUGUCCCGGCUAUGUCCAUACUUGGCAUGACAAAAACCACAUACACUUUCUCAAUUUGCUCAAUUUGGGUCUCACCAGCUAGCUUAACAAUAGGAAUUAAUGCUCAUGUGACUAUUGCAGCUCGUAAACGUAUGCGUACAGUACUCGUUGUAUAUUCUGCAUAAAAACGCAGGCACACGCCACAAUUGAGUGACAACUGUCACAACCUCCUAGUUAGAUGAAUAAUGUACAGAGAGUUACUCGUAGCGUUAAUCUUCUGCAACGCUUCCAACUGCAUCUGAUAGUUCAGCGUCCGCUACCUGCGUCACGUUGAGAUUUCAAAACAAACCAUAAGCCGCUUCCUGAUUUUACCUUUGGGCAGUAUCUAGAGGAUCAGGUGCGGACAUUUUCUCACAUGUAGCCCACAACAGGAGGUGGUCGGUGUCAGACGCGUUCUCACAUCCUGGAAAUACAGCGUUAGGUUUUUGGCAAAGGUGGC